ACCCGUCGGGUCACUGUCACCCAGAGACUGACCGGUGAUCACUUUACUUUUUACUCUUUUACAAUUUUUCUCUCUCUGCCCUCCGUUUCGAUUUAAUCUCUCUCCUUUCCACCUCCGCUCCAACAACCACCGUCGUCCUCCGGCGUCCUCCGCUGCAUCAGAAAAUUGACUGAGAUCGGCGAACAUCUGAGUUUGUAGCUGUAUUUGACCUAACAGUAACGGAGCAAGAAGAAAAUGAGCACAGUUCCGAAAGAGACAAUAGAAGUGAUAGCACAAAGUAUAGGUGUGAGCAAUUUAUCACCAGAUGUCUUGCCUGCUCUCGCCGCCGAUGUCGAAUACCGUAUUCGAGAGAUUAUGCAGGAAGCUAUUAAAUGUAUGCGUCAUUCGAGGAGAACGGCCUUAUCUACUGAUGAUGUGGAUGCUGCACUCAGCUUGAGAGGCGUAGAGCCAAUAUAUGGUUUAGCUUCAGGAGAUCCGUUAAGGUUUAGAAGAGCGGCUGGACACAAGGAUUUGUUCUACAUUGAAGAGAAGGAUGUAGAUUUCAAAGAUGUGAUUGAAACUCCUUUGCCUAAAGCACCGUUAGACACUGCUGUUGUUGCCCAUUGGUUAGCUAUAGAUGGAGUACAGCCUGCUAUUCCUGAAAACCCUCCGCCUGAAGCCUUUGCUAUGCCCUCUGAUAAUAGAAAGACCGAGUAUAAGGAGGAUGGAGUUCCUGUUGAUAUUAAAGUACCUGUUAAGCAUGUUCUAUCCCGUGAGCUCCAGCUCUAUUAUGACAAAAUUACAGAGCUUACUUUGAAUAGAUCGAAUCCUCUUCUCUUUAAAGAAGCUCUAGCAAGCUUAGCAACGGACUCAGGGAUUCAUCCUUUAGUUCCUUAUUUUACAUAUUUUGUUGCUGAUGAGGUUGCUCGGAAAUUGAACAAUUUUCCUCUCCUUUUCUCUUUGAUGCGGCUAGUCUGGAGCCUUCUCCAGAAUACACAAAUACAUAUGGAACCAUAUCUGCACCAGUUGAUGCCUUCUAUAUUGACAUGCCUUGUUGCAAAAAGGUUGGGAAACAGAAUUUCUGACAAUCAUUGGGAACUUAGGGACUUCUCAGCAAAGUUGGUUGCUUUAAUAUGUAAGAGACAUGGUCAUAUGUACCACAAUCUCCAGCCACGUGUCACAAGGACUUUGCUGCAUGCUUUUCUGGAUCCAACUAAGGCGCUGCCUCAACAUUAUGGAGCAAUUCAAGGGCUAGCAGCUCUUGGACCUGGUGUGGUUCGCCUACUUGUGUUGCCAAAUCUUGAGGCUUAUUUACAAUUGCUGGAGCCAGAAAUGCAGCUUGAGAAGCAAAAAAAUGAAAUGAAGAGGCUUGAAGCUUGGCGUGUAUAUGGAGCCUUGAUGUGUGCUGCUGGUUUAUGCAUGUAUGAGCGCUUCAAGUUGCUUCCUGCUUCAGUAUCUCCAUCUACUCGCACAUUCCUGAAGAGUAAAUGGAAAGUCUCAACUACAUUGUCGAACAAACGCAAAGCAAGCCUGGAUAACAUGAUGGCGCAGCCUCCACCCAAGAAAUUAAUGACAGAUGGUUCAACAGGUUCAAUGACAACAAAUUCUUUGCCAGUAAGCACGCAAGGACCAGCUGGUCGAUACGCUGCAGCCAUGGGGGUCACGGAAACUGGUCUAUCAUCAGCACCACAAGGUUUGCACAACGAGAAUAUGCCGAGAAGCAGCAGCAGAAGGGAGAUGACUGGUCUGCAAGGUCAAAGAACGCUGGCUACGCUUGAUCAGGCCUGGAAGGAAGAUUUGGAUGCCGCGCGUUUGUUGCCAUCUCUGUUUGAAUGUUUUGGUGAAAGGAUGUUUCCCUUUACCCCUUCACCGGAGUUGUCUUUCUUUCUGUGAUCGAUAAGAAUGGGAAGGUGGCAUGCAAGAGUGAACGCCAACCGCGAUUGUUCACUUUUACGGGUAGUACAUUUUGCGUUGAUGUAAUAUGUGCCAAAUGCACUUUAUUGCUAUGAAGUAUUUUUUUUUUUGUAUAAUAGACAGUAGAUGAGUGGUCAAAUCGCUUAUGCCUUGUAUAUUUCAAUUGAGUUUAGUCCACCUUUUUUGCAAAAUGUCGCUCCACACUGGUAAA